AUGACUACCCUACCGCCUUUGCAAACCGCAUCAACAACAAAGCACAGCGGGAACGACGCCCGAUUUGGAGAAGGUGAUAGCAAUCGAAACAAUGAAGCAGAGAAACAAAUUUUUUCUUCUGAUAUGAACACGAACGCAAAUAGCUCUACCGAUCAUGCAGCCACUUUGUCAAACAAUCACACCAGUACAAAAGAUGCGAACAUUGGCUUCAAUGAUUCGAGCAUCAGUAGUCCACACGAAUUGACAGAUUGGGUGGAUAAUGUGUUAGAUCAACUUGAAUCACGCUUUUCUGUAAUGAGCGGACAAGUUGAAAGUAGAAUGAAAGAAAUGUCAGAGCGAAUCGAUGCACUGGAAUCAUCAAUAGAAGAAUUGAUCACAGGCGCUUCAACUUCUUUGAGGGAUCAAUCGCAAUGA